AUCCCGUGGGAGAGUGGACUGCUAGGCCUUUGACAGGUAGAAACAUCGGGGAGGGAAGCACUGCCUGAAAAGGUUGCAGAUGCCCCAGGUCUACAGUCCACAUUCCACCGCUCCAGCCCCCAGUCGUGACGAUGUCAAGCUAACUGGGGUCGCCUCACUCUUGGGCCGCCUUCUGUCUUUAUGAUCAUGCCUCUGCAGCCCUACAAAUAAGAAGGAUUCUGGGACAGCUGCCUUGGAAUGGUUUUAGGAGGGAAGACUUGCCCGAUGAUUAGGCUGUCACAAUUUUUCUACACUGUCUGAUGUGAUGGGACCAGGCCGAUCAGCUUCAUCUUGUGUUCAUCUACUAUCUAGUACCCAACUUGAUGGGGGCAGUGACCCCAGUAAAUUUCACAGCCAGAACCAGCUGCAGUUUAACAGGAAUGUUCCUGCACAUUCAAGCAAUUUGGCAAUCCGAUAUUCUUGCCCACAUGCAAUUAGGAUCGAAAAACUGAAGCACUCGUACAAUGAAUCAUACCUUUGUAAAGAUUCAGAUUUUAGAGUUGGUCCAGACCUAAGCAAUUCUGUUUCAUUUUCCGUCAUAUCAGAAGAAAGACUUAGCUACGCUGUCCACUUAGCCAAAAGAGAUGUGAAACGAAGACAGUUUGAAGAACACAUAAAAGAACAUCAUCUUGGAAGCUGGCCUCAAAGCUCUCAGCAGUGUGGACAUACCACGUAUAGAAUACCUGAUCACAGGGUGGAAAGAAAGGAAUCAAAGAGUCGAGAAGCAUGUCAGCACAGCCACCAGCCAUCCAAGGUCGAAGUUUCCAGCUCUGGUGCCAAGGUAUACCUAUACACAUCUUACCCAGGGCAGUCAGAUGUUGGUGUGCCGAGUUCACCACCCACCCGUGAUCCAGGACUUCAGCCACCUCCCAGGAUAGGUGACCACAAAAGUGUGUGUGAACAGAAGAGUCUGCUAGAAGUUCAGCGACUCCAGAGAGAAUUGAGCAGUUGUAUCCAUAAAAUUGAAGAGGUAACCAAAAAAGGUAGACUAGAAGAAGCUUUGGAUCCAGAUGAAGAGCGGAGAGUCCGUGUCAGGAGACAGGAGCAAGCUGUUCGAUCUGCCCGGAUGCUCUACGUCCUCCAGCAGCAGGUAAAAGAAAUCCAGGAAGAAUUGGAUAAGUUGAGUCCACAUAAAAUUAAGCACACUAAGAAGUCAUGGGCAAUGUCUAGGCUGGCGGCUGCCCAUCGAGGAGCCAUUCGGGCCUUACAGAUGUUUGUCACUCAGUUCACUGACCGAGGGGAGCACCCAGUUCCUGCUAGGUGUAAGGAAUUGGGCAGCCUUAUCCGCCAGCUUUCACUUUGUUCUGCCAAGCUGGAUGCCAGUCCUUCUGUCCCUGAUGUGGUUAUAGAUAUCCUGCAACAAAUUGAGGCUUUGGAAUCUCUUCUGGAAAAAAAGCUGUCACCAAAAAAGGUGAAGAAAUGUUUCAGUGAAAUUCGGAGCAGAUUUCCUAUUGGUAAUCACAGGACCUUAGAAAAAUGGCCAAGUACAUCACCAAAGAGCAAGAGGAGACCCUUGGUAGCAAAGGAGACAUUUGCGCAGGAAGCAAGUCGACCUCCGGUGGCAAAGAAGCUCCUUGCUGAUAAGUAUCAGCCUGAUACAGAACUUCCAGUGACCCAGAGGUUGGAGAGUGAGCUUGAUGCGUUAGAUGUGGAUUUCCUUCUGGAAGAAGCUCCAUCGAUUCUAGACCCACAUGGAGGCUUCAAAGAUGAGCCAUUAGCACCAGCCAAAACAAGAGCAGUGAGGAUGAAGCCCAUGACUGACAGUGUGCCAUUUAGGAAGAAAGAUACUCCUGCGCCAGCAAGACUGCACCAAGGACUCUGGAAAGCUGAAAGAAGUAGAGCAAGCCAACCUCUCAGCAAAAGUAGGUUGCAGCAGACAACAGUUUCAUCUAGAUUAAAAAUGAACCAGCAGCCUGCAAAGGACCGCAGGGCUCCAUGGAUACCUCCACACCCCACAUCUCCACCAGCAUCUCCAAAAUGUGCUGCGUGGCUAAAGGCAAAAUCUAGCGCAAGAGAUGCCACAAAAGAACAGUCUCUGCAGCAAGAAGAUACUCAUGAGGAAAGUCAGUUGGGAGGUGCUGUCGGACACAAAGCAGCCAGGCUCGCUUGGCUAAAUGUGGAAACUUCCAAAAGAUUGAAGGAACUGGAAGAAUUGGAAGCCAAAGAAAUGUCCAACAUGCAAAAACAGAGGCUCGACUGGCUUGAUGCUGAAACUUCCACAAGAACAAAGGAACAGAAUGAACUCAAAACUGAGGAAAUAGAUAGACUCCAAAAAUUAAGUAGUGUUUCUGCUACCCAGUUAGUGGACAAAGUAGAGGAGACAGUCCUGGAGCGGUUGAAGCCUCUCUUGGUCAAGGCCCAGAGAGCCAGUUCUUCUGCAGAAGCGAACACUCAUCUGAAGGACUGUCCAUCAGCAAGCACAGUGCCAGCUCUGCCCACAGAGGAGGCUACAGCUGUUGCUUCUGAAUCUAGCAACAAUCAUCAGCUAAAUGACUUUUUGGAAGAUACUGCUCGCGAGCUCUGGGCUCUGACUCAUGCUAAGAUCGUGGGGUGUGAAACCUUUGCUCCCUUGGGAGACGGCAAGGACAGCCCAAAUCUGGAGCUAAUGAUGCUCCGAAUGGAAGAAAUGGAAAAAUACCAGGACAUAGUUCGCCAAAGAUAUAAUAAAAUCGUAUAUGCUGAUCCUCAUUUUUGGAUUCAGGAGGACAAAGAUGACCAAAAAAUCACAUCAGCAAGUAAAAGGCCUCUGUCUCCUCAUCCAAUCAGGAUCACAAAGGCAGUAGCUCGGAAGGAUCCAGCCGUGAAUAUCAUGUUAGAGAGGCCCUGCAAUGGCAAUUCCUUGGAUGAAAGUGUGGGCACAGAGGAGACAGCAGAGAAAAGAGAAGCCACCCUCUUCCCCCUUGUAGAGGAUUCUCAGAUGAAAGAAGGCCAGACUCUCCUCUCUGUCCCACCGAGCAUGCGGCACAGCAUUGGUGACUACUGCAGCCGUUUUGAGCAGUAUCUCCGGAUCAUAUCUCAUGAGGCCAUAGGCUCCUUCAACCCCUGGCUGAUAGCUGAAAGCUUUUCAGAAGAGCUGGUGGAUGAAGCUCUUGGGUCUGUGGCUGCAGAGCUUCAGGAUGCGUGUGAAGAUUAUGCAGAAGCUGUGUUCACCUCGGAGUUCUUAGAGGCGGCUAUGUAAAGGCUUUCCAAGGCAGGGCCCCGUGUCACACUGCACAAGGGACGACGCCAGCCUUUGUUAAGGCCACAGGAACUCUUCAUCCUCCGCCAUCCAUCCAGGCCCAGAAGGUGCUGUCCACUGAGAGAACAGAAAUGCCAGGGAGGUCAUACUCACUGCAUUUUCUCAUUGCCAGAGCAGGGGCUCCGGAAGUUUGUGAUGGAAUACAUUACAUUUCCCAGUGCCCAGGAAAUGUGGAUUGAUUAUGACAAUAUAAUAUUUUCCAAAUAUACAAUUCUCCUAUCGAAUGUUACGCUCAUUCCUCUGGUGCAGUUUGGUGGUGCAGGUGUUUGAGAGGGAAUAGCUGAGCACACCAAACACCGGCGUGCACGUUGCUCUUGACCCGCAGCAGCAUCAACGUCAGCCCAGUGCUGUGACUCUGGCCCCGUCACCCGGCUCC